GUCAAAGCUCGCUGCCUUGCGCUCGCACACACGGACAACGCAACUCCGCCGAGUUUUGACAGGACGGCAACAAAAGUCAGGAGCGCCGAGCUGGCUUUGAACAGCGUAUUUAUUUCAUGGAGGCUGCUCACAGCGGGAUCUAAGCUCUGGAAGAGUGGUUAAGGGAACAAACACACCAGGAAAGAAAAGGAUCUCCAGCUUGGUUUGGCCUGGCUCUCCAAUUUCUGCAGCAGAUUACAAAGGCCUGGCAGACCUAAGACUCUCUCAGCCUUGAAAGGGAACCAGGCACCACAAUGGGACUCCCCAGCCGGGUCUUGGCCUGUGCCAUCCUCGCUUUGCUGUCCCAGCACGUCACUGGGGGACUCAUCAAGAGAAUUAUCCGGCAGAAGAGGGAGACUGGGCUGAACGUGACCUUGCCAGAGGAAAACCAGCCUGUGGUGUUCAACCAUGUCUACAACAUUAAGCUGCCCGUUGGCUCCCUCUGCUCCGUGGACCUGGACACGGCCAGCGGCGACGCCGACCUGAAGGCGGAAAUUGAGCCCGUCAAGAAUUACGAGGAGCACACGGUGAAUGAGGGGAACCAGAUUGUCUUCACUCACAGGAUUAACAUUCCCCGCCGGGCUUGUGGCUGUGCAGCUGCCCCAGACAUUAAGGACCUGCUGAGCAGACUAGAGGAGCUGGAGGGGCUGGUCUCCUCCCUGCGGGAGCAGUGUGCCAGCGGGGCUGGAUGCUGUCCUAAUUCCCAGGCAGUAGAAGGUCGCCUGGACACCACACCCUAUUGCAGCGGGCACGGCAACUACAGCAUCGAGAUCUGCGGCUGCGUCUGCGAGCCCGGCUGGAAGGGCCCCAACUGCAGCCAGGCCUCGUGUCCCUCCGACUGCAACGACCAGGGCAAGUGCGUGGAGGGGCUGUGCGUGUGCUUCGAGGGCUACACGGGCCCGGACUGCAGCCAGGAGCUCUGCGGCCAGGGCUGCGGCCCCCACGGGCGCUGCGUGGGCGGGCAGUGCCUGUGCCACGAGGGCUUUGUGGGUGACGACUGCAGCGUGCCCCUGUGUCCCCACAACUGCCACGGCCGCGGGCGCUGCGUGGACAGCGAGUGCGUGUGCGACGAGGGCUACACCGGCGAGGACUGCAGCGAGCUCAUCUGCCCCAACGACUGCUUCGACCGCGGGCGCUGCGUGAACGGCACGUGCUUCUGCGAGGAGGGGUUCACCGGGGAGGACUGCGGGGAGCUCACCUGCCCCAACGACUGCCACGGCAACGGGCGCUGCGAGAACGGGCUGUGCGUGUGCCACGAGGGCUUUGUGGGCGACGACUGCAGCGACAGGAGGUGCCCCAACGACUGCCACCACCGUGGGCGCUGCGUGGGCGGGCAGUGCGUGUGCCACGAGGGGUUCCUGGGCGAGGAUUGCGGGGAGCUGCGGUGUCCCAACGACUGCCACAACCGUGGGCGCUGCGAGAACGGGCAGUGCGUGUGCCACGAGGGCUUCAUUGGUGAGGACUGCGGGGAGCUGCGCUGCCCCCACGACUGCCACAACCGCGGGCGCUGCGAGAACGGGCAGUGCGUGUGCCACGAGGGCUUCACCGGGGACGACUGCGGCCAGCUGCGGUGUCCCAACGACUGCCACAACCACGGGCUGUGCGUCAACGGGCAGUGCGUGUGCCACGAGGGCUACACGGGUGAGGACUGCGGGGAGCUGCGCUGCCCCCACGACUGCCACCACCGCGGGCGCUGCGUGGAGGGGCGAUGCGAGUGCGACAACGGCUUCACCGGGGAGCACUGCGGCGAGCUGGCCUGCCCCAACAACUGCCACGGGCGUGGGCGCUGCGUUGACGGGCGCUGCGUGUGCCACGAGGGAUUCGUGGGUGAGGACUGCCGGGAACGCUCCUGCCCCAACGACUGCAACAACGCGGGGCGCUGCGUGGACGGGCGCUGUGUCUGCGAGGAUGGAUACAUCGGGGAUGACUGCUCCGAUGUGUCUCCUCCAACUGAGCUGACUGUGACCAACGUGACGGAUAAAACUGUCAAUCUGGAGUGGAAGCACGAGAACCUCGUCAACGAGUACCUCAUCACCUACGUCCCCACCAGCAGUGGGGGCUUGGACAUGCAGUUCACUGUGCCAGGGAACCACACAGCUGCCACCAUCCACGAGCUGGAGCCAGGCGUGGAGUAUUUUAUCCGUGUCUUUGCAAUCCUUAAGAACAAGAAGAGCAUUCCAGUCAGCGCCAGGGUAGCCACAUAUCUGCCUGCUCCAGAAGGUCUGAGAUUCAAAUCUGUUCGGGAAACAUCCGUCCAGGUGGAGUGGGACCCUCUGAACUUUUCUUUUGAUGGCUGGGAGCUGGUCUUCCAUAAUAUGAAAAAGGAUGAUAAUGGGGACAUAACCAGCAGCUUGAAAAGGCCAGAGACAUCCUACAUGCAGCCAGGUUUGGCACCUGGGCAACAGUACAAUGUGUCCAUCCAUAUAGUGAAAAACAACACCAGAGGACCAGGACUGUCCAAAGUCAUCACCACAAAGCUUGAUGCCCCCAGCCAGGUGGAGGCCAAAGACAUCACCGACACCACGGCUCUCGUCACCUGGUCCAAACCCUUGGCUGAAGUUGAAGGUGUGGAGCUCACUUAUGGCCCCAAGGACAUUCCAGGGGACAGGACAACCAUUGACCUUUCUGAAGAUGAGAACCAAUAUUUCAUUGGCAACCUGAGGCCGCACACAGAGUAUGAGGUGACGCUCGUCUCUCGUCGAGGGGACAUGGAAAGCGACCCUGUGAAGGAAGUUUUUGUCACAGACCUGGAUGCUCCAAGGAACCUGAAGAGGGUGUCCCAGACUGACAACAGCAUCACCCUGGAGUGGAAGAACAGCCACGCCAAUGUCGAUAAUUACCGAAUCAAGUUUGCCCCCAUCUCUGGUGGGGACCACGUGGAGAUUGCGGUGCCCAAGGGCAGCCAGGCCACAACCAGAGCUACACUCACAGGUUUGAGGCCUGGAACUGAAUAUGGCAUUGGAGUGACAGCAGUGAGGAACGACAGGGAAAGUGCUCCUGCCACCAUCAACGCUGGCACUGAUCUCGAUAACCCCAAGGACCUGGAAGUCAGUGAGCCCACAGAGACCACCUUGUCCCUUCGCUGGAGAAGGCCGGUGGCCAAGUUCGACCGCUACCGCCUCGUUUACAGCGGAGCCUCGGGGAAGAAGAGCGAGGUGGAGAUCCCUGUGGACAGCACCUCCUUCCUGCUGCGGGGGCUGGAUCCAGGCACCGAGUACACCAUCAGCCUGCUGGCAGAGAAGGGCAGGCACAAAAGCAAACCCACCACUGUCAAGGGUUCCACGGAGGAGGAACCCGAGCUGGGAGCAUUUUCAGUAGCAGAGACUGGCUGGGAUGGUUUCCAGCUCACCUGGACAGCAGCUGAGGGUGCCUAUGAGAGCUUUGUCCUUCAGGUGCAGGAGUCUGGGCAGCCCGAAGAGAGGAGGAAUGUCACAGUGCCAGGGGGCCUGAGCUCUGCCAAUGUCACCGGCCUCAAGGCCAACACUCCUUACACCAUCACCCUUCAGGGGGUCGCUCGGGGCUACAGGACCAAGCCCCUUUCUCUUGAGACCACCACAGGAGAGCAGCCCGGCGUUGCUGAGCUCAUGGUCUCCGACAUUACCCCCGAAAGCUUCAACCUCUCCUGGACAGCCUCCAACGGGGACUUUGACGUCUUUACCCUUGAAAUUAUUGAUUCUAACAGGUUGCUGGAGCCCAUGGAGUUCAACCUCUCAGGGGACUCAAGGACUGCUCAUAUCUCAGGGCUUUCUCCCAGCACUGAUUUCAUUGUCUACCUCUCCGGGAUCUCUGGCGGGUUCCGCACACAGGCAAUCAGUGCUGCAGCUACCACAGUACAGGAACUUCUCCUUAGCAAACUCAGUGUACCAAAAGCUACCUCAGACAGCCUGUCACUCUCCUGGGAGGCACAGGACAAGGCCUUUGACCAUUUUAUUCUGGAAGUCAGGAACUCUGACUUCCCCUUGGACUCCCUGGUGCUCACGGUGCCGGGGGAAUCCCGGCACUCUGUAGUGACCAACCUCAAAGCUGCCACUAAUUACACAGUCCAGCUCCAUGGGGUAAUUGAUGGGCAAGGUGGGCAGACCUUGACAGCCAUGGCAACCACAGAGGCCAUGCCCCCACUGGAAAACCUAACAGUGUCUGAUAUGAACCCCUAUGGGUUCACAGUGUCCUGGAUGGCAUCCGAGAAUGCCUUUGACAACUUUCUAGUAGUCGUGGUGGACUCUGGCAAGCUGCUGGACCCACAGGAGUUCCUCCUUUCGGGAGCCCAGAGAGAACUGAAGCUUAAAGGCCUAAUUACUGGCAUUGGCUAUGAGGUUUUGCUUUCUGGGUUUGCCAAGGGGCACCAAACAAAGCCCCUGAGCGCUCUGGCUGUUACAGAAGCAGAACCCGAGGUGGACAACCUCCUGGUUUCAGACGCGACUCCAGAUGGAUUCCGUCUCUCCUGGACUGCGGAUGACGGGGUUUUCAACAGUUUUGUUCUAAAAAUCAGGGACACCAAAAGGAAAUCUGACCCCCUGGAGCUGAUAGUGCCAGGCCAUGAGCGCACCCAGGAUAUCACAGGGCUGAAAGAGGGCACUGAAUAUGAGAUUGAGCUCUAUGGAAUUAGCAGUGGACAACGCUCCCAGCCCGUAAACGCAGUAGCAUCCACAGUGGUUGGCUCUCCCAAGGGAAUUUCUUUCUCUGACAUCACGGAAAAUGCUGCCACAGUCAGCUGGAUCCCCCCUCGCUCCCGCGUGGAAAACUUCCGCAUCUCCUACGUCCCCAUCACAGGAGGUACUCCAAAUGUUGUCACAGUCGAAGGGAGCAAGACAAGGACCAAGCUGGUGAAGUUGGUCCCAGGUGUGGACUACAAUGUCAGCAUCAUCUCUGUGAAAGGCUUUGAAGAAAGCGAGCCCGUCUCUGGCACCCUGAAAACAGCUCUGGACAGCCCAUCAGGCCUGGUAGUGGUGAACAUCACAGACUCUGAGGCUCUGGCAACCUGGCAGCCAGCAAUUGCUGCUGUGGAUAACUACGUGGUGUCCUACUCCUCUGAGGAAGAGCCAGAAGUGACCCAGAUGGUCUCGGGGAACACGGUGGAGUACGACCUGAAGGGUCUCCAGCCGGCCACCGAGUACACGCUGAGCAUCCACGCGCAGAAGGACGCGCAGAGGAGCGAGAGCCUCUCCACCCACUUCACCACAGGGCUGGAUGCUCCCAGGGAUUUGAGUGCUGCUGAGGUGCAGUCAGAAGCUGCUGUGAUAAACUGGAGGCCUCCCCGUGCUCCAGUCACUGGAUAUCUCCUCAUCUAUGAAUCCAUCGAUGGCAGCGUCAAGGAAGUCAUCCUAGACCGUGGGACAAGUUCCUACAGCCUGGCAGAGCUGAGCCCCUCCACGCAGUACACGGUGAAACUGCAGGCCCUGAGUGGGGCCCUGAGGAGCAAAAUGAUCCAGACCAUCUUCACCACCACUGGGCUCCUCUAUCCCUACCCCAAGGACUGCUCCCAGGCCCUGCUGAAUGGAGAAGCCACCUCUGGGCUCUACACAAUUUACCUGAAUGGGGACAAGGCUCAGCCUCUGCAAGUGUUCUGUGACAUGGGCGAGGACGGGGGCGGAUGGAUCGUGUUCCUGAGGCGUCAGAAUGGAAAGCAAGAUUUCUACAAGAACUGGAAUACUUAUGUGGCAGGGUUUGGAGAUCCUAAGGAUGAAUUCUGGAUAGGUCUGGAGAACCUGCACAAAAUCACUUCUCAGGGCCAGUACGAGCUGAGGGUGGACCUGAGGGACAAGGGGGACGUGGCCUACGCGGUGUACGACCGCUUCAGCGUGGGCGACGCCAAGAGCCGCUACCGCCUGCGCGUGGACGGCUACAGCGGCACGGCGGGUGACUCCAUGACCUACCACAACGGGAGAUCCUUCUCCACCUUUGACAAGGACCACGACUCUGCCAUCACCAACUGUGCUCUGUCAUACAAAGGAGCUUUCUGGUACAAGAACUGUCACCGAGUCAACCUGAUGGGCAGAUAUGGUGACAACAGCCACAGUCAGGGCGUCAACUGGUUCCACUGGAAGGGCCACGAGUAUUCCAUCCAGUUUGCAGAGAUGAAGCUGAGACCCUCCAGCUUCCGCAACCUGGAGGGGCGGCGGAAGCGAGCAUAGAGCCCCGGGGGGCUGCGGGCAGG